CAUCAAUGUUCAUGCAGCCCUAGUGAAAAAUUUAUCCUGUCCUAGUAAAAAUCAAUUAAAUUCUAGUGCAAGACCUGAAGUAAAUAGGCAAUAUUAGUUGCAGCUGCAAGUAACAAUAAAGCAGCGCCUAAACUGAUAGUAGAUCACCAGUAGCAGGCCCUGUCAGAUGAGUGUAAAGUGUGUGUAGUCCGGAAAUAUAUAAUAUAUAUACACACAUACGGGCUGCCCUACGCACACAGUGAUAAGUCAGUAUUUACUGACGAAACAGCGCGUCGAACACCACGUAGUAUCCAAUAAAGUCAUCACCUGUUCAAGAGGCAACAUCCAGCAACCAACAUGGAGGGCAACAAAGACGAAGCACAGCGCUGCAUCGACCUCGCAGUGCAAUCCCUGGCCGAGGGCAAAACCGACAAGGCAGAAAAGUUUCUACUCAAGGCAGAGAAACUCUAUCCCACGGAGAAUGCAAAGAAGCUAUUGGCUAGGGUGAAGAGCACACCUGGCAGCGGCAGCAAUGGCAAAUCUCGACCAGCGGCUGCCGCCGAUGAGAAGGACAGUGGACCCAGAAAGCGCACCAAUUCGGAUUCGCGUAACACCGCUCCCGACUACUCCAACGAUCAGCUAGAGGCUGUGCGCAAGAUCAAAAAAUGCAAAGACUACUACGAGGUAUUGGCCGUCAGUAAGACCGCCACGGAUUCGGAGAUCAAGAAGGCCUAUAAAAAGUUGGCCCUACAAUUGCAUCCCGACAAGAACAAGGCUCCUGGCGCCGUGGAGGCCUUCAAGGCACUCGGCAAUGCUGCUGGCGUCCUGACCGAUGCGGAGAAACGCAAGAAUUAUGAUCUUUAUGGCAUCAACGAGACAGGCAGUGGACAUAGUCAUAAUAAUGGAGGCGGAAACCAUGGACAUGGACAGUACUACAAUGAAUAUGGAUACUCGCGCGGCUUCCAGGCCGACAUCAGUGCCGAGGAGCUGUUCAAUAUGUUCUUCAAUGGCGGUUUCCCCCAACAGAAUGUGUACAUGCGCCAGCAACGUCGUCAAAGGCAGCAACGUGAGGAUCGAGAGGGAAAUAAUUCAUCGGCUUUGAUUAAUUUGUUGCCCAUCUUGCUGCUCAUUGGCCUGUCCAUGAUGUCGUCCUUCUUUAUCUCUGAUCCUAUGUACAGCUUGACGCCCUCGCAUAAAUACUCGGUGAAGCGUGAGACGAACGGCCUAAAGGUUCCUUACUAUGUCAAGGAGAAUUUCUAUUCAGAGUAUCAGGGCUCAGUGGCACGACUGGAGGAGUCCGUUGAGGAGGACUUUGUCAAUCAUCUCAAGCACUCUUGCAGUCGUGAACGCAAUUAUCGUGACUCUAUGUUGGCCAAGGCGCGUACGUUUGGCGAUCGGGACCUGUAUCGCAAGGCGCAGAAUAUCAAUACGCCUUCGUGCGAGAAUCUGCAAAAAGCUUUUACAUGGCUUGAAGGUAAAAACUGGAAGAGUUCAUGGUAGAAGAUGUUGUCCUCCAGCAGUUGAAUAUAUAAAUUAUAGUGCAAUACCAUUUAGCCACCUCCACCCCCCUCUGCGGCAUGUUUGAAAGCAAAGCAAAGCGAAGCGAAGCGAACGCAACUGCCAUUAAGUCACAUCACGUAUCUACGAGUACGAGUAUCUAUAAGUGGGAGGCUGAAAUCCAUGGAUAUGUGUGCUUUUUUCAUUAUUUAGAUUUCGGAUAUUUAGACAUAAUGCAAAUGAUACAUACAAUACAUGCAAAAAAGAACAUAUUGGAUAGACAAAUUGUAAACUGGUUUUUUCUUAAGGACACGCAUCCUAUCGAUCGUCGUUCAUUGGGUUCAGUGUUGUGGGAUACUCUGAAUAAAAUGUCAACUAAAUCAUUA